UUUAGUAAAGAUGAUGUCUGCAAAAGACAUGGCAAAAGUGAUGAUCGUCAUACUUGCAAUUGUUUUUCUUACAAGAACGGAUGGGAAAGCUAUUAAGAAGAGAGCUGUGAGUGAAAUACAAUUUAUGCACAACCUGGGGAAAUACUUGGCCUCCCUGGAGAGGAUAGAAUGGCUGCGAAAGAAACUGCAGGAUGUGCACAGAUUUCCUAGCCUUGGAGCUCCACUAGGUGCUGGAGAAGGUGGUUCCCAGAGAUCCCCCCCAAAGGAGGAAAAUAUCCUUGUUGAUCACCACCCAAAAAGUCUUGGGGAGGGAGACAAAGCUGAUGUAGAUGUAUUAAUUAAAGCUAAAUCCCAGUGAAUACAGAUGUGACCAAAGCACUGCUGUGAACAGCUAGGGCAACAAUAUUACACACUGUUCACUUUUCUAAACUCCACGAAGACUACCAAAUGCCAAUAUUUCUACUGUUACCAAACUUUGCAUAUAAUCCAUUGCUAGACCUGAUGGCUGCAAUAUUAAUUGAUUAUUUUAAUCUAACUGUUAUUCGUUAAAGAGCUCUUUUGAUCAUUCUUUCUCUACUAUUCUUUUUAAAGUA